GCUCCGGCGCGGCGCGGAGCGGGGCGGAGCGUGUUCGGCUGCGUUCGGCCCGUGUCGGCCAUGGCGUCUCCGUCGCGGCGGCUGCAGACGAAGCCGGUGAUCACCUGCCUCAAGAGCGUCCUGCUCACCUACACCUUCGUCUUCUGGGUGUCGGGCAUCGUGCUGCUGGCGGUGGGCGUGUGGGGCAGCGUGAGCCUCGCCGUGUACUUCUCGCUGCUGGACGAGAAGGCCACCAACGUCCCCUUCGUGCUGGCGGGCGCCGGCACCGUCGUGGUGCUCCUGGGCACCUUCGGCUGCUUCGCCACCUGCCGCGGCAGCACGUGGAUGCUCAAGCUGUAUGCCAUGCUCCUGUCCCUCAUUUUCCUCAUUGUCCUGGUGGCCGCUGUCGUGGGGUUCGUCUUCAGGCACGAGAUCAAGACCAACUUUGAGAGUAACCUCAACCUGGCCUUGAAGGGCUAUAAUGUGACUGCGGAUCGGCACAGCGAGGCUGUUGACACCAUCCAGAGAACCCUGCACUGCUGUGGGGUGCAGAACUACUCGGACUGGGAGAGAACUGAAUACUUCACCCAGAGAGGCAUCCCCCAGAGCUGCUGCAGGAGCCAGGACGACUGCUCAGAGGAGGACCUGAAAGACCUGGGCAAGGCCAAGCUGAAGGUGUUUGUGGACGGGUGUUUCUUCCUGGUCACGUCAGUGAUGGAGUCGAAGAUGAGCAUUGUGGCUGGAAUCUCCUUUGGCAUUGCGUGCUCCCAGUUGGUUGGCAUCAUUCUCGCCUGCUGCCUGUCCCAGUACAUCACCAACAAUCAGUACGAGAUGGUGUAGGUGGCCUCCAGCACACUGUGGCUGUGGCCAGGGUGUGCUCUCCAUGGCUCUCCACCACCUCCAAUUUUCCUCUGGAUGUCGCUUCGGGAAAUCUUGCUUUGAACUGACUGAUCCUCUCACCUAGCUCUUAGGAACGAGCACAGCCUUGUCCUGGUGUGCUCGGGGACUCGUCCUGACACUACUCUGCUGUGCCACCGUGUGGGGUAAUCAGUGUAGCUGCGGUGGUUACAGCAAGCAUGCUCCUCCGUUGGCUCGGUGCUGUGCCUUGUGGGACUCCUGGUGCUCCUCUCAGUGCCUCCAUCGGGAAAGCAACACUUUCCUCAUCUCCAGCAGCCCCUCUGGAUGCGGUUGCUCUUGAGAUGGGGCUGUUGCCCUGUUCCAACCCACGCUGUCUGCCCAAAGCCCUUGGCUCAGCAAGGUCUCUGCUUGAUGCCAAGCUCUUCUGUCUCAUCCCUGCCCUGGGGUUUAUAUACUUCUUUAUAGUUGUACUUUCUGAAGUACAGGCCAUAGUGAUUCUUUGUAAGCUGUAGCAAGGUCUGGUGAUAUAGCUCCUGGUGCCUUUCCUUUGGUAGGUGUCCUUGCACCGAGUCAGCUGUGACUUGAUUGUCAGUAUUACGUGCUGCUUUAACUCAUUUUAUGUAUUGAAUAGAACUCUCUCGUCCUGACACACAAUAAAUAUUAAGAUAUUUUACCCU